AUGGAAACCAAAGGUGAUACUGAUUCAAAGUGGAGUUGGAAUGCCAACAACAACCAACAAAAACAAUUCUCGAUAAACAAGUUCCUCGGAAACAAAUCCGACAAACCUCAAACGUCAGUGUUGGGUCCUGGCUUCGGAGCUGGCUUCGGAUGCGGCGCUGGACUAGGCUUGGGUUUGACUGGUGGGUUGGGAUAUGGAGGGUCGCUAUUUAACCAUCUGAACCUCGUUUUUGGUGUUGGAAUGGGUUGUGGUUUGGGUGUUGGCUAUGGUUUCGGCCAAGGAAUUGGUUACAGUUUUGAUUACCAAAGUCGUAAGUCUGCGAAAUCUAAGAAAAGUUUUGCUGAUUCCAACAAAACUAUUGUUUUUCAGUUGUGA